AUGAAGCUAUCAGAAGGUGCAUACAAGGCCAAAUUGGCUGAUAUGAUUGGUAACUAUAAUGAUGUAAUUAAAGUACUUACUGAAUCUUCAGACUUUAAAGAUAAUUCUCUCAUAUUGUUAUUAGCAGGAUCCCUGAGAAAUAGAGUUACUUCAAUUCGAAGUUCUCUUAAGUCUAUUAAGAGCCAAGAAGAAAAACUGAAAAAAAAAGAGAGCCUGGAUAAUGAAUUUUUACAAGUCAUUGAAAAUAUUAAAAAAGAAUUUGAGGAGUCAAUCCUGUUAGAAAGUGAAGAUGUUCUACAUAUUAUUGAUGAUAACUUGUUAAUGUAUUCAGGGGAAGGCACUAAAGCGUUUUGUAUUAAACUUAAGGGGGAUCUAAUGAGAUAUAGAGCUGAAAUCCUUAAAGAUGAGGAGAAGAAACAAUGCAUUAAACAGGCAGUUGAAUUAUAUGAAGAUGCUCUCCAACGUGAAAGAUCAAUUUUGAAAAACUACCCAUCAGAUCCUCUGUAUUUAGCAACAAUCCUCAAUUAUGCUAUUCUAAAGUAUGAAUUGUUGGAUAAUCCAGAAGGAGCUAUGAAAUUUACAAACAGAGCUAUCCAGGCAGCAGAGAACUCUAGAUCAGAAUCUGAACCUUUUUCUGAAAAUACAGAAAAACUUAUUAAAAUCUUAAAAGAUAAUGUAUCUCAGUGGGAACAAGGAUCUAGCGGUCUAUUAACUAGUGCGUUCUUCUAA